AAUGUUUGGCUUCAAAGAGUAUAUAUUUCUAUUUUCUUUAAUAUUUCCACGGUGUAAGAAAUAUUCUCUUACACAGUAGUAUUUGUAAGGCAACGACAUUCUAUCAUGACAUGUUGAAAGGUUUGCAUUUCUAGCAUCGUCUUUGGUACAGUCGGUACGUGGCGAUUAAUGCAAUCUGGUUGUUUGUGAAGAGUGGAAGUAGACCAAAAUUGAAGUUUCGUGCUUUAUUUGAAUAAAUAAGCGUGAAUGUAGAUUGCAUGUGGAGUUUAGGGGAAUAUUGUCGAAAUGGGCCUCUGUAAAUGCCCUAAACGACGAGUAACUAACCAAUUUUGUUUUGAACAUCGCGUCAAUGUGUGUGAAUUUUGUAUGGUGACUAAUCAUCCAAAAUGUGUAGUGCAGUCCUAUCUUCAAUGGCUACAAGAUAGUGAUUACAAUCCAAUAUGUGAACUAUGCACGAAGGAACUAGAAAGUGAAGAUUGUGUUCGAUUAAUUUGCUACCAUGUGUAUCAUUGGGCUUGUUUGAAUAAUUUUGCAUACAGUUUGCCUCCUACAACUGCACCUGCUGGCUACACUUGCCCCUCAUGCAAAGUAGGCCUCUUUCCAGCUUCAAAUCUUGUGUCACCAGUUGCUGAUGUUUUGAGAGAAAAAUUAGCAGGAGUAAAUUGGGCUCGAGCUGGACUGGGUUUGCCAUUGCUGAGUGAAGAGAAACAAAAAGGAGACAAUGUUAAUACUGUGCAUAAUGAAAACAACAAUGAUAACAAGAAAGAAGAUGUAUUGAAUUCGUUUUCUCAACAAUCAUCUCCUAAAAGAUCAGUAGCAUCAGAUGAAGGAUUUGAAUCAAACCAUGUUCCCAAUUCCAAAGUGACAGAUAUAAGUCCCCAUUCUGUUGUGCACGUUGAGGAUUCAGUUUCUGCUUUCAGUCGUACUGAAAGUUAUCCUGGACAACAACCACACAGAGUAUUUGAAGCCCUGGAUGAUUCUAAAGAUAUGCUCUUUGAUCAUGAUGAAAAUAAAUAUAAGAGAAGAUCAGCUCUUGAAUGGUUCUCACGAUGGUGGAAAUCAAUUGGAAGUCCAUCAUCAAGAGGCCGUCGGAACACUCAACCUCUGUACCGUCGAUAUUGGAUGGCUGCUAUUUUGUUUAUUGUUGGACUGUUGACCCUAAUUAUGAUAUUUUCAUGGCUGGGUAGAAUUGCAACAGCUAAUGAUCCCAAUCUAGAUAUCCACCAAAAUCCUAAUAUACAUACACAAGAAUGAAUUUGGAGGUAUAUUUGUUCAUACUUUAAACUAUUGCAAUAUUUAAAUGUCUACCUGAACACCACAUUGAUACUUUUAUCUUAUGUUUAUAAAUGAUCAGCUCUUCAUAAAAAUCUGGUUGUUGAGUACUGUGGAGAAACUGAUUUGUGGCCUCAAUUUCACUUGUUUUACUGCACUUCAUAUUCAAUAUAUAACAAGGUUUACUUAAUAGUGCUUAAUCUUAAAUAUUUUAUAUACAAUUUAAUAGUGUCCUGUGGCAUAGAAGAUGAUCCAAGUUCUGUGUUCAAGUUUGUGUGAGCCUUUGUGAACUGGUGAUGAUUGUAGUUCAUCAAAAGAUCAAGGCAUGGAUCAGAUUUGGGAAGCGAAUAUUGACCAGGAGAAAAUUGUGGAGUACAUUCAGUGUGUAUGCUGGUUGAAGGCAAGAAUUUGUGUCCAAAACGUAUUUAGACAGUGCAUUUAUAACAUGAAUUUAUGAAACCUUCAAUUGUUGAUUGCAUAAUUUCAUAUCUGAAAAAAUAACAUUUUUUGGAAAAAAUACAAGACCCUUGGUAAGAAAUUUCCGAGGGAUUCCUUUCUUUUAUUAACUCUUUGAUUAAAAUACUAAAAUUUUUAUGGUGGAAAGUUAUGAAAGUAAAGUUUUGUUGUGAUAUUUUCAAAUCUUUUACAAGAAAAGCUGUUUCAUCACACAUGCGCCACUCUAUUGUUCACAAACUACAUUUAGUUAGUAAAAAUGGAAUUACAUUACAGAGUCAAUGUUUGAAAUAUAUCAUUACACACCAUACUUAUCAAAAUAAACAAUUUCUUGGUUUUAAAGGAAAAUUCCUUAAAUUAAAAUGUUUCAUGCAAAGACAUGCUCCUCAAUGAUGGUAAUGAUGAUGGUGAUACCAUCAUUGGAUGAAACAAUAUUUCCACUAAACAGAAGUCAAUUUGAUUGACUUCUGUUGAACGCAAAUUUGAGUUGUGUUCUAAUCAAAUUCUUCAUUAAAAUGUGUAUUGAUGAUUCCGCUCAUUUCCAAGGCUUCUUGAAGUCAAAUGGGAGAAGGAAGUCACAAGGAGAGGGAAGGGACAACUGUUAUGCAUUUUCAUAAGUAAUGCCUCGCUUUCUGCUCUUUUUCUCCUUCCUUCCUUAGUAGUUUCUUCAGAAUAUGAGGGUUUUCUUGCCAUAACAGCAUGUCAUGGCCUUUGAAUUUGUUAUCACCAUACAACGUCCUUGAGAAUGUCCCAAGCAUAUUAUGACCAAUAACUAUAACAGAUUUUUAAUCUCACUACUUAUCUACCCUACCUUCAGGAUGUCUUCUAAAGGAAGUGGUAUCAUUAACUAUGCUUUGUCCCCUUUUAUAUUUUACUAGUCAAGAAGUAUUUAUUUGAAUGCCAGCUAAUGAGAAUAUAAUUGAAUUUAAAAUUAAUUAAUUUUACCUUGUAUACAUAAAGGGUACCAAAAUUACAAUGUAUACAUAAUAUGCAUUGAUUAAGUAUUGGUGAAAUAUAAUUAUAAAUAUUCAGAAUAAUUGCUGAAAGUGAUUAAAAUUUAGGGAUAAUUAAUUAUGAAAAUGUUUUAUUGAAAGACUUGCAAAUACAUUUUUGAAUUGAAGAUGCAAAUUUUGUUACUAUUCAGAAUUUCAGUGGCUCAUUUACAAAUUUUGAGGAUUUUGUUGAAUAACAAGACAUAAUGUCUUUCUGGACUCCAUGUAUGCAAAGACUUAUAGUUGAACAGAACAACAGAAGUGGUGAGGUAACAUUUCUAUUUCAGAAUUGUUAGAUGUCACUUAUAUCACUAUGUAUUCAGUAUUUCUAUGAGGUAUGUUAAUAAGUUGAGUGUUCUUGCAGUUUUAUAUUUUUUAUUCAAAAUUCAUUUAUCUCGCUCAUCCAGUAAGUUUUAUCAAACUGCCAAGAUUAGUCUAUUAAUAAUGUGGUAUAUGAACACAAUUCUGAUUAAUAUUUUGUAUGAAUAUUCAGUUACUGAAUUGUUGUUGUUAUUAUUAUUAUUAUUAUUAUUAUUAUUAUUAUUACUAUUAUUAUAGGAUGUAUUGCACACUUCUUUGUGAAUGUUAUUACAUAUUGAAUAUAAAAUAAAUAAAUUUUUAUUGAC